AUGUAUACUGCACCAGGAAUCCUCACCCUCACCGGUUCCAACAGGAUGACCCUCACGUUCAUUAUUGACGACGUGCAUUUUACUUUAACGGGAAAUAUUAACCCCGCUAUGCCGCCUUUCAAGGCAAACCAAGUCAUCCUUACAUACAACAAUGUCCAUGAGCUGAGUUCCACAGUAUCAUUCGAGGGACAAAUCGGACCAAACAACUUUAAAUUGAACCUCGAAAAUGGUGUCACCGCCGAGGGUUAUCUUGAUUUCCCUAUCAGCCCUGCCUCGAGAAUCAGCGGAUCUGGCCGACGAAGCAACUGCAACACUCGCGCUGCCUAUCAAGGAAUCUUCUAUAUCUAUUCAUAUUUGCUUUCCAAGCAUGAUUGCCGAUAA